UGAUCAUGACACAUAUGGUACUCUAAGGUCAAAUAUUCUUAGUGCGGAUGAAUUACCAUCACUGACAAGAGUUUACCACAUGGUGACUCAAGAAGAAAGGCAUCAAAAUAUGGUGCGUGGACGUGAAGAAAAACCGGAGGCUGCGGCGUUUGCUGCACGCGCGGCUGUGAUUGAAGGAACCCGAGAAGAUCGUGUUAAAUGCACAUUCUGUAACAAACCCGGACAUGCGGUAGAACAUUGCUUCAAACGGACGGGGCAGUACCCUGAGUGGUGGUUUGACAAUCCGGGAAGAGGACGCGGCGGACGAGGACGAGGAGGAACUGGCCGGGGUGGCGGAACAAGCCGUGGACGUGGACGUGCUUCCGUGCAUGCGAUGCAAGCGGCAGAAAGUUUUGAAGAGGCAGCCGUGAUGCGUGUAGGAACAAGUGCUGCCAUGCAAAAGCCAACACUCACUGAUGAACAGUGGCAGCAGCUUAUUAAGAUGCUAGACAACAGUAAGAUAGCACCACACGUGGAGAAUCUUACAGGACCUACUUACGAGGAUGCCGAUUGGAGUGGGUGAUCGACGAGGGGGAGUUUAUUUUUUCCGGAGUCUUGAUCAAGCUCAAGUACAUGCGGUGGCAGCGUCAGACUCAGGUGAACUGUGGCAUUCUCGGUUGGGACAUCCGUCAGUGAAAGUUUUACGUUUGGUUAAUUGUUUGAAUAAGACUUUGUUGAAAUCUGUUCAGAAUAAUGUGUGUGAUGCAUGUUUACGUGGUAAACAAACUCGUGACGUUUUUUAUAUUUGUGUUGCA